CACCCCGCCUCACCGAGGUGGACUGCCUAUCAGAUUCCGCCUGGGUAGUGUGGGAGGAGUCAGUGGGUGUCGAGCUUUAUGUUGCCAUGGCGACAGACAGCCAGGGGCAGACUGCGGUCAACACUUCAUCUUUACCCUCACCGCCUCAGACCAACAGUGCUCCAGCGCACCUAGCAACGCUGUGGUGUCCGAGACAGUCCCCUGCACACCCCAGAGCCUGCAGGCCAGUGUGAGCUGCAACAGUAAUGAGGCCAUUAUGACCUGGAACAGCAGCCUUGGGGGGUCAGCUCUACUCUGUGGAGGCUACUGGCACCGACGGACAUGUUGCAGGAUGCAUGUCCCACGAGAGCCACUGUGACCUCACCAGCCUGCACUGCGGCCAGCACUACACCGCUACCGUGGUGGCACAAGACAGCGACUGCACCAGCCCUAUGAGUGAUACCGUGGAGCUCAAGACAGUACCUUGCAUUCCUGCCAGUGUGUCCACUGUGAUGGACUGUGCUGCCAACACCAUGUCUGUGUGGUGGUUAGAGAGCUCGGGGGCUGACUCCUACACAGCCACUCUGCAGGACAGCGACAGACGCACCACCACCUGCCAGGCCCUGAGUGGACCAGCCUCCUGUAAUGUCACCGGACUCAGCUGUGGUCAGAUCUACCAUGUCACUGUAGCUGCCUCCGACGGAUACUGCAGCAGACCAUCUACUGGUGUUACUGACACACGCGCAGCUAUACGACGUGGUGUACCCAAGCCUGUGUGACAUCUUCCAGAGGACCCUGGUAAACGAUGUCCUGUACUGGGCUGAGACCCUGAGGAGUGGCUGGAGGAGACGCUGGAGAGGGGGAGGAAGACUGAACAGAUGAAGAGGAGGAAGGAGAGGAGGGAUGUUUGAGAGAAAGAAUGGAAAGUCAGACAGGAGGAGAGGGAGCUAGUGGAGGAAGGUGGUAGAGGGUUUGAGGUGGAGAAUGAGGAGGUGGAGGGAGACGGUAAAAUAGACAGGGGGCAGGAGGAGUCCUACAGAGAAAGGUAGUCGGUGUGUGUCCCCCUGGUCAGGUUGUGGUCCUGCCCCAGAGUGCAGGCUCUGAGUGGGACAGUCCAGCAUCUGAAAGAGGUUCUACUGGAGGACUCAAGAGUACAGCGGACCAACGAUGGCACAGCCGUGGUGUUGGCGGAUUGCGAGGAAGACUAUGAUGAAGAUAUGGAGUGGAAUGAGAAUAGUGAUAACACAGGGACAGGUCAGUUCUUGGUUAGUGUAGUGAGGAGAAUGAGGACUGGGAGACAGAGCUUGGAUAACCUGUCAUGUAAGGAGCGUAUUCUUUGAUGUACUAAUGGUGCAGAUUUUCAUGCACCUCUGUUUUAGGGCUGGAUUCAAUCCGUAUCGCUGAAGUUCAGUGCUCUAGUGCAAUUUAAAUUUUACGGUAAUUUCCGAUUUAGCCAAUAUAAUUCAGCGUUUACCUUGAAUACAGUCUCCACUAAUGCGGGAACAUUGCCGUUAAAUUUCUAUCGCGCUGUGGCGCAGCUUUUCAGAGCUGCGGAUUGAAUCCAGCCCUUAACCUUUUAAACAACGUCAAUAUCCAGUACUAGAACUAGAGACCAUCAGAUUAGACCAUAUCCCUCAAUGGGGAAGGAAUCAUUUCCCAAUAAAAU